CCGUCUCCGUCUUAGAUCGUGAUCAGAGCAGCCCAGCUUUUUUGUUUUUUGUCAUCAUCCCUGCACCCUGAUUUGGAAUGCCGUGGAAACACCACAUAGGAGAAAAAGACAAUAGAUUUUGGCGUUUUAAGCUCUAAACAAAAAACUGCGACUCCUUCACAAUGUCAGAUUACCUUGUGGGAGUAGCUGGACCAAACUCUAUUGGUAUUUCAAGUUUGAAAUCCCUGUUUGACCAGACAAACAUUUCAGAUGAGGUAAUAGAUGGCCUAAUCUAUUUGCAGUGUGAGAAAAACAUCUUUCAGAUGUAUGAGAAAUUGAUUGGAGCCCGUCUGGAAAACGGCAGCCACUGGACCUUGUUUGUAAGUUGCACAGAUUUUGCACUCUCUCUAGUGCAUGAUACUUUUCAGUGUCCCUCAUUAGGAAGGCUCAAGGCCCAAGCCUACCAUAUCCAUCUUUUUACAAAACAGUUUUGUGACAUACCCAAGAGGACCAUAGUCUAUAUGAAUUCAUUUGGAGAGUCAGAGGUCAGAAAAAGUGCAGUGUUGAAAAACUGGAGCUCGUUUGCUUCAGCAAGAGGCUGCACUGGAGAGUGGACUUUGUCACAUGUGAGCCACCCACAUCAACAGGAUGGGAACUCAUGUGGAGUGCAUGUCAUAAUGUUUGCCCAAUCUCUCAUUGAGGGUAAAACACAUGUGGAGGAGUACAACACUGAAAUCCCAAAGCUCAGGUCCCGACUUUGCCACUACUUAUUUUCCUCAAUAGAUCGAACUAGGAAGUGCAGUCAGUGCUGGUGUGUGAUUGCAGCCAAAGACCGGGUGCAGUGCCGGAAAUGUGGUGCAUACAAGCACAUGCGUUGUUCAAAGUCUGUUUGUGGCAUCUGUAUCUUCUGUGAGACACAGUGCAGCACAGCAGAGGGAAAGGAGUUGUGCAGCAUAGUAGGUGGCUAUACAGGAGGAGCAAUAGAAGUAGCCAGCGAAGAAUGUCAUCAGGGAAAGCAUCAGGCAGCGAAUGACAAAGGAAAAGUUUCUAAGGGAGAGGACAUCUGCAGCAAACCGACAAGUAACAGUGAGAUAGGAGGACUGACAGUCAGAGAUGAAGGUACACAGACUGAAGACAAAGAAAAAGAAAUAGAAGUAUACAGCACAAGUCUGAGCACAGAUAAUGCUGCUGAUGUUGACAGGAUCGAUGCAGAUACAGAAUUUCUAACUGAUUCAGAAGGAACUAGUACAGUUUACAGAGUGCAUGGUCGCUUAUCUGUACCAAGCUCAAAAAAGAAAACCUACACAAUAACAGAAGACGAGAUCAAGCGCAGAAUCCAAGCAGAGAACAUGUCAGUUCAUGUUUUCAGAGGUUUGAUUGGGGGCCGUAAAGCCAAACUGCCCGCAGUGAUUCUUGACAGGCCUAAGAAGGCCAAAACUAAAGUAACGGUGUUUAGUGUUCUGAGUGAAGAGGAGGCUGGGGAGCUAGCCCUCGGGUUUGCCGGAAGAUUGGCCUGCGAUGUCACAAGAGACAUGGUCUGUAAAGGCAUCGACCAUUCAAGCGCUGAUAUGACAAAACAGACUCUUCGCAAAAUCCAACACAACCUUAAACAGGAACUGACUGAUUCCUCAACUUUCAGUUUGCUGACACACACCUUUGGCCCUGCUGCACUGGAUUCUGUCAUUUCUUUCCUGUGUGAAAAACUGGAUCUUGUCUCUUAAAUAAUGAAACCUUUUGUGACUUUUGUUUGUUCUGUAAAUCAGAAUCUUGAAAAUUGUUCACUGUUGUUUUAAGUUUGUAUUAAAUUAACUAUUUGGCAAAAAUGUUUGGUUCCUAAUCCAAACAGCAUAAUGACUGUUCUAACGCAUAUCUUAAAAAUGCUACAAAGAAAGAAAAUUAUCACAUAUGUUUCAAUAUGAAUGUAAUUGCAUCGCACUCGGUUUGUAGUAGCUUUCCUGUUUUAUUUUGUGAGUUUUGGUAUGUUUACACUGUUGUCAUUUUUAUUUCCCUUAUGUUCGUCUUCCCUUAUUAGUUUUACUGUAUUUAAUUAGUCUGAUUUAAUAACUUAUAAUUAUUUACUUUCCAGUGUGUAUAUAUGCUCCUCGUUUGGAUUAUUGUUUGUUUGAGUUCUGCCUGUCUUUUCUAUUAAAGAUUUGGACUUUUGGA